ACUGUCAGCAGCUCCCUGUCAGGGAGUCAGUGGGACCCACAGCCCACCCUGCACUUUGAGCAUUCAGAGCACAUCCAUUAGUUUCCAUUUCUAAUACACACUACACAUCUGUUUUUUUGUUUGUUUGCUUGCUUCUCGUGACAUUUUAACCAUUAAUUUCACUUUUGAGCAAACUCAACUGGUUUGUUUCGCAACUUUGUCUGGAUCUCAAGUGCUGCGUUCAAGGUAAGUCCAGCCACACAUCGCCAUGGGGAUCAAAGCCGCCCUGCCCAAGUAUGAACUCUAUUUCUACAACACGGUGCUGUUUCUGGCCCUGUCCUGGUCCGCCAGCUGGAUCUUUGCUGUGUCCAACUCCAAUGUGAACAGAAAGACGUUCCGAUCCAGUGUGAAGCCAGGAUGGUACUAUGUUGGAAGGAAAAUGGAUACAGCUGAUUUUGAGUGGAUGAUGUGGGUUUCCACGUUCAGAGAGCACAUCCUGUUUGCACUUUCUGGUCACAUACUAUUUGCUAAGAUCUGCUCCAUGCUGGCUCCACAGCACAGGUCCUUGGUGUACAUGGGAUAUGGACUGUUGGCGGUGUGGACCAGUAUGGGCUGGACGUACGUCACACUCAUUCUGUCUCACUGCAUCCUGCUCUACAGCAUCUCCUUAGUGAAAAUUCGCUGGCUGUGCUUCAUCACCGGUCUCAUGACCCUCACUACAUUCAAGUGUGAACCUUUUGUUUCUUGGCAGGCAGAUUUUGUGACAGGAGACUUUGAGCUGCGCCAUGUCCUUUUCUACGGAGGUUGUGGGUUUACGAUCAUGCGUUGUAUGAGCUUUGCUCUGGAAAACUGUGAACGGAAAGAUGGAAAUUACAACUUCCUCGAACUGCUCAAGUACAACUUUUACCUUCCAUUCUUCUAUUUUGGGCCCAUAAUGACCUUUGACAAAUUUUAUGUACAAGUAAACAAGUCAGACCUGACCAGGAAGGAGCAAGAGAUGUGGGAUAUCACCCUGCAGGGCCUGAUCCACCUUGGAGGCAUCAUUGUCGUAGAUGUGCUUUUUCACUUCAUGUACAUCCUCACAAUCCCCACUGACCUAAAGCUGCUCAGACACGUCUCUGACUGGGCUCUAGUGGGUCUAGCCUACUUCAACCUGGUUUAUGACUGGAUAAAAGCAGCUGUCAUGUUUGGAGUCAUCAACACAGUGUCCAGACUGGAUCAUCUGGAUCCGCCCAAGCCUCCAAAAUGUAUCACUUUGCUCUACGUGUUUGCUGAAAUCCACUUUGACAGAGGAAUCAACGACUGGCUGUGCAAAUAUGUGUAUAAUUACCUGGGCAAACAGCAUGAUGACAUACUGCGGGAGCUGGUUGCUACUCUGUGCACGUUUGGUGUCGCCAUCCUGUGGUUGGGGCCGUGUCAGGUGGUGCUGAUCUGGGCUUUCUUUAACUGUUUUGGCCUCAACUUUGAGAUGUGGACAGCCAAGUUCUUCUCCGUAGAGCCUUUUACUACUUUGGAGAUGUCAAUGUCAGAAGGAAUGUCCCGCCGGAUCAGAGCCAUCUUCAAUACUUUGAACUUCGGGAGCAUUGUGCUGUACAACAUCCUGGCCUUGAACAGUGUGGACUUUGCCAAGCUGGUUGUCAAACGACUGUUCCUCAAAGGAUUCCCGAUAACCACCAUCAUCGUUAUGUUCGUGACCUACUGCUUGAUUCAAGUGAUAAAGGAGCGAGAGCGAAUGCAGGCGUUGAUCGAUGAUCCUGACCCUGUUCCUCCUGCACCGAUUCUUUCAGUCAGGCCACCGACUGGUCCUCAGGCCACACCCAUUGCUGCUCAGCCAGUCACAGACCCUGGCAAGGAAAAGGCAGAGUAGAUAUUUGGCUGUACAGCCAAGCCGUGCUGCCCAAAUGCUAAAAUUAGUCAUGUUGUGCAGGGAUGCUUUGUGGAAAACAGGAUUACUGUAAAUAAAUGUUACAAGGUUUCAGCUGAAUUAAGUUCUUAAAUGAGAUGAAGGCUCUAAAAGUUU